AUGUUAUCUCCGUCGGAUUCCUCUUCCUGCACAUCUGAAAGUGAUCUAGAAAGUUUUACAGUUGACGAAGUGAUUGGGGAAUUGUCUGAAUUUGCGCCGUACGACGACAGUUGCGAACCCCUUGCUACCAAGGAAGAAGCCGCGGACUACAACGAAAGAGUUCAUCGCGAAGAAGAAGAGGAACAACAGUUUCAACGAAGAUAUUCGGGAGAGGUGCCAGCGAAUGAAUGGUAUGGUAUUAUCAUGGAAUGUAGAUUUAUAUUUUUAUUUUCCAAUUUGAACAUACCCGUCGUUAAAUGUGCGCGUGACGAACGCGACUGUGUUCGUUGCUAUGUGAUUAGCUGUAGUCCUGAUUUUAUGCGAUAGUUUUAUUGAAGAGGUCAGACAAUUAAUAAUUUUAUACAGACGUAUUUUUCUUGUGUUUGACGAAUUUUUCACAUUAUUUUGCAGGUGUUCGUGCUCGAACUACUCUGUUAGCCUUGUUACAAAAGCGCAGGAGUGCAUUUGCUGCAAAGAGAUCGAUCGCUGCCAUUGGAGACCGGACCGUAUGCAUAACCCUCCAUCCAGGGUUUGA